AUAGCUAGCUUUGAUUUGGAAGGAUCGCGACCGUAAUGGAUGUGGCGCAAGGCAUAGGCUGAGGGUCCGUGCUCAAUCGAUAUCUUUAAUGGGUCUCGGGUUGUUUUGCUUUACCGCUAUCCCUAGCAGCUUCAGCCGCUCCAUCAGCCGCUGGUACGGGGUUGCCUGGGAAACGGCAGCAUGGCAACGAGAUCGAAGCCUGGGGGUUGUCUGUUGCUCGGGCUUUCGUAUUUCCCAUCCCCUCACUAGAUGGUGUGUGAAGCACUUUCUCACGUAGCGGUGCUUUGACAGGAACAAACCUGGGAAACUCCCUCUCUGACCCGGCUUUCAGGGUGGGCCGACCCGGGAGAAAGAGCGCUGAGAUUUUUUUUUCUUUUAAAGGGACGAAUAGCGCGCUAUUCUAACGGAACUGGGGAUAAUGGUUGCAGGGCGGCCUGAAGUGUCUUUUUCUCUUCAGUCUCUCGCUGGUAUAAUUUUCACUCUUACCUGUUUCCUGCCGUCCAGUUUACCCGCUGGACGAUCCGGAGAGAGUGCGCUUGUAGAUACUGUGACCAGUAGACAAGGCGACACAGCUCUUCUGAGGUGUUACCUAUUGGACGGGCUGUCAAAGGGGGCGUGGCUCAACCGCUCCAGCAUCAUGUUCACGGGAGAUGACAAAUGGUCUGCGGAUCCCCGCGUUUCCGUGGUGACGGGAGGCGGGAAUAAGCACGAGUACAGCCUGCAGAUUCAGAAGGUGGACGUCAGCGACGAGGGCCGGUACACCUGCAUCGUGCAGAACAACCUCAACCCGCAGUCCAACCACAUCUUCCUGAGCGUCAAAGUCCCGCCCAGGAUAUACGACGUGUCGUCGGAUGUGACGGUGAAUGAGGGGGGAAACGUGUCCCUGUUCUGCAUGGCCAGCGGCCGGCCAGAGCCCACCAUCUCCUGGAGACACAUCACCCCUUUAGCCAUGAAGUACCAGUCUGGAGAGGAGCUGAACAUCAGCGGCAUCACCAAAGACCAGGCUGGAGAGUACGAGUGCAUCGCCCAGAACGACGCCUCUGCCCCCAACACCAAGUCCCUGAGAGUCACAGUCAACUACCCGCCCAGCAUCCAUGAGAUCAAGUUCACUGGGGUGGGCGUGGCCCGCAGCGCCCUGCUCAGGUGCGAGGCCCUGGGUGUCCCCACACCCGCAUUCGAGUGGUACAGAGGAACCAAGCGGCUCACUCGAGGUCAGGGUAUAGACAUACAGACACUCAGGUCCCGAUCUGUGCUGUCCAUGACCAACAUGACCCAGGAUCGCUAUGGCAACUAUACCUGCGUGGCUGUGAACAUGCUGGGCAGGGCGUCGGCCAGUAUACCACUGCUCCCACCCAGCACAGCCUCCUACGGUGAUGCCAGCAGAGUGGGCGUGGCCAUGACAGCUUGGCUCCUCCCCCUGGCUCUCCCCUACCUCCUGCUUGCGUGCUAGAGGAGGAAGCCCACGCACACGCCCCCAGGAACCCUGACCCCGCCCCCCACCCCCAGGAGCCCUGUUCCUGCC